CGUCCAACUCCCAAAAGGCCUAAACAUAAUGAGGGGACGGGACGAACUCCACCACCACAAACCCGAGGAAGACGACGACGACGACGAAGAAACAAAGCAGCAGCGAGGAAGCAAGAGGAGGGCGCAUCAACCCGACUUGAAGCAUGAGGGCGUCGAUUAAUCGGCCGCCGACGCCGAGCGCGGAGCAGGAUCGGGACAAGGAGCCCUCCCUCGAAGAAGUCAUCAACAUCAAGUUGGUAGAGAGUGGGGAGAAGGAGAAGUUAAUGGAGCUCCUCCGUGAGCGGCUCGUCGAGUGCGGCUGGAGGGAUGAGAUGAAGGCGCUAUGCAGGGCCUAUGCAAGGAAGAAAGGAAGAAAUAAUGUGACAGUGGAUGAUCUUAUUCAUGUUAUUACUCCAAAAGGAAGAGCAUCAGUGCCUGAUUCAGUGAAGGCAGAACUGCUGCAACGUAUCCGGUCCUUCCUCAUGUCUACCUCACUUCGGUAGUCAUUUAUCGUGACGGUUAGAGCAACAUGUACCAUUGUACGAAUAUUGGGAGGUUGAUCUUGUUGGGACCAAAGGUGCAGAAAAAACAGUGCAUGUGGCAAUAGUGUGAGCAUGAAAACGAACCAGGGCGAUCUUCAUGAUGCUGUCCACAUGCUCCUUGGUCAGACAGGCAGUUGGUGCGAUUUUCAGGUGUACCAAGACACGGAGUUGUAAUCCUUGAAUAUUGUAUUGUUAAAGGAACCUCAGCGUGUAAUGCUGCAUUGUGUUGUCAUUGCUCAACUGAUGCUUGCUUUCAGGAUUAGAAAACUGAAAUAUCUUGAUAUAAAUGAUAAUAUUAAUGUGCAUCAUGUGAAACCUGAUUGGGUCAUCUUCAGUGGGGUCCAA